AUGGGUAUUGAUUAUUACAAGGUUCUUGGUGUGAGCAGGAAUUCCUCGCCGACUGAUAUAAAGAAGGCAUAUCACCAGCUGGCUUUGAAAUUCCACCCCGAUAAAUGCGCUGGUAAUCGGGAAGAGGCUGAGCUGCGUUUCAAGGAGGUUUCGGAAGCUUAUGAUGUUUUAAGUGACGAAAGUAAGAAGAAAAUAUACGAUAUGUACGGAGAGGAGGGUCUGAAAGGUGGUAUUCCUGGAGGUGGGGAGGGCGGCAGCGCUGCGGGUGCAGGGGGUUUCAAGGAUGUCCCUUUUGAUAGGAGUUACACUUUUUCAUCCGGCGACGCAUUUAAUAUAUUUCGGUCGUUUUUUGGCAGCAGCGAUCCAUUCGUGGGCGGGGAAGAGUUUGGUGGUGGUGGUCCAGGCCUUCAUCGAGUGUUUCGUGGGUUUGGGGGUCCGCAAGGGUUUACGUCGGGCUUUGGGUCGCCAGAGAUGUCACCAAUGUAUGAGGUGCCUCCUGUGGAGUACACCUUUUCAUGCACGUUGGAGGAGAUAUAUACGGGGUGUACCAAAAAGUUCAGCGUCUUACGUCUGAUGCCGGGAGGGACAGAGAAAAGGGUAUUUGAAGUGGAGGUGCUUCCUGGUUAUAAAAAGGGAACAAAAAUUCGUUUUCAACAUGAAGGAGGUAUUGUGCAAGGAUAUCCACCGAACGUUUUGGCGGAUAUGGUGUUUAUUCUGGAUGAGAAGCCUCAUCCUCGGUUUGAGCGCAUUGGUAAAGAUAUCCGCACGACGGUUCACAUCAACUUGAAGCAAGCGUUAUUGGGAACAAAAGUAAACGUCCUGGCACUGGAUGGAACUACCACAGUGCUUCCACUGACUGGAGUGAGUAAGAAUGGACGUCAGUUGCGUGUGAGCGGUAAGGGAUUUCCUGAUCGGAAGACAGGGCGCAAUGGUGAUAUGUAUGUCACAGUUGCCGUUGAUAUGCCUGUGUCCCUGGACGAUGCGACAAGGAGGUUGAUAGAGAAGUGCCAGUUUUAG